UCCUCAGUCAGUGAUGAACCGCGCUGCCGUAAGUUCGGUGCGAAUUAAUUCAACGUAACGUCGGGCAGCUGCUGUUUUCCGAUGUCGUAGAGUUUGUCAAUUAAUUGUGCGGUGAAGUGCUUCGGGUGGCAUGAAACUACAUAACGAAACGAGAAAUACUUCAUACAUGCAGGUGCUCCCCGGCCGAUUGGUACGACGCACAAUUGGAGUCCCAACUCCCCGGAAAUUCUGAUGGCGUCGAACAUCCAUUAGAAGAUCUGGAAUUAAAAAAGGGUAUCGGCAAACAUGGACGUGAUAUCGUACAACCACCACGGGAUCGUACACAGACCGACAAAAAUUGGAAAUGGGAAGGCGGUCGGGAACGGCGUUAGCGAGGAUCCCGACUAUACCGUCGAAGACGAUAAGAAUCAGAUUUUCCAUGUUUCGAAACGACCUCUGUGCCUCACGGGUGAGAUGGGAGCGGGCGGUGAUAAGACUAAUAAAAUUCCACUGCGAAAGAGCCUCUUUCCCCACGUGGCGCCCUACGUAAUUUUUCACUCAUACGAAAAUCGAGGGGUGUGCCUACCGCCGGAGGUAACGAAACAUCUGAAAUGGCGGCUAAGCACCAUUACACCUCUUCUCGUUAGGAGGACGUUAGUGAAUUCCGGUUUUCGUUUGGUUAAAAAAUCACCCGAGUGGUGCGGAACUUGGGGGAAACAUAUGAAAUCGAUGGCGUUCAAAUCGCUAAGGGAAUCUCAGAAGAUAAACCAUUUCCCGGGUACGUUUCAGAUCGGCAGGAAAGAUCGGCUCUGGAGAAAUUUAAGUAGGAUGAUGAUAAAACACGGUAAAAAAGAAUUCGGAUUCGUUCCUCGUACUUACGUGUUACCCCAGGAUCUACGAGGGUUCAGACAGGUCUGGGAAAAGACCGGGGGUAAGGAGAAGUGGAUCGUCAAACCUCCGGCGUCGGCGAGGGGGACGGGAAUCCGCGUCGUACAUCGGUGGUCGCAGAUUCCCAAGAAGAAGCCGGUGAUCGUUCAGCAGUAUCUCUCGAAACCAAUGCUUAUCGGCGGCGCGAAAUUCGACCUUCGACUCUACGUUCUCGUGACGAGUUUCAACCCUCUGAGGGUUUACAUUUACCCCGACGGUUUGGUCAGAUUCGCCUCGGUCAAGUACAGAGACGACAUAAAUUAUCUGAGCGAUCGUUUUAUGCACCUUACGAAUUACAGCAUCAACAAAACGAGCUCGACUUACACGAGUAACGACAGCGUCGACUCGUGCACGGGGCACAAGUGGACCAUAAAGAGCCUCUGGUCUUACCUGAAGGAAAAGGAGAACGUCGACGUCGCCAAAAUCUGGGCUUCCGUGAAGGACAUAGUAGUCAAAACGAUGAUAUCCGCCGAGUCUUCCAUCAACUCGUUAACCCGCGCCAACGUGUCCUCCAGAUACUGUUGCUACGAACUAUUCGGCGUCGAUAUUAUCCUCGAUGAAAAUCUGAAACCGUGGCUACUCGAAGUUAACAUAUCACCGUCCCUGCAGUCCUCGUCGCCCCUGGACAUCGCCGUGAAAGGUCCUCUUAUCAAGACCGUUUUUAACGUAGUGGGUUACCAGGUGCCUUCCUCCGUACCGGCUCGCGACGUCGAGGAAUUAACGAAAAAGUACGAACUCGACACGCUCUGUCUGGAUCUCAGGCUCCACCACAUAGGACUUGGUCAGAUGGAGAAAAACAAGCAGAAUCUCUACUGCCACCAGCGAAAGAGGGAAGAUUACCUCGAGGAAAUCAUCGAAGAUUUAACCCCCGACGACGUUCGACACCUACUGGCGUACGAAGAUGAAAUUACGCAGCUCGACUGCUUCGAGAGAAUAUUCCCAACGAAAAAUACCCACGAGUAUUUUCAAUUCUUCGAUUGUCAGAGGUAUUACAACGCGCUAUUCGACGCGUGGGAAACCGCGUACGGAGACAAUAGGGCUAAAGGAAUAGCUCGGCUUCAACGACUCUGCCAAACGAAGUUCCACUUAACGCAGGGAGCAAAAUUUUCACCAGUUUAACCAUUAGACAAUUUUUAUAAAUGUUUAGGAGAAUACGAAACGAAAACUGCCCAGCUAAUGAUAGCGACUUCGUGAUAUUAUUGUUGAUACCGUAGACUAAAAGACGUGUACAAAUUUUUCGCAUUACUGCAUUGUAUCGUCCCAUUCAUUACUUUCAUCGUAGUCUUAUUAUUAUCGUUGUUUUUUUUUUCUUCGUUAGUAUUUUUUAAUUCAAUAAUCGUCAUUGUCUAAAUUCGGAUGUACGAAUGACGAUUGGAUGUGAAACUCCUUCGAUAUUUAACUGUGAAACGAAUAUCGUUCACCGAUAACAAUUUCAACAAUGAUAAUCAUAAAAGAAACGUGUGCCUUAAGAACUUGAUCGUGACAUAUUUUUAUUUGUUACGACAAGUAACAUUUACUUAAUAAAAUAUUGGAUCGAAA